CCUGCACCAUCUGGCCUUUGGCAUUUUGGGCCAAAUUGUUUUCUCCACUUGGCCUAACUCCAGCCCAAUUUGGGUCGCACACUCUUCAGCGUCUUCUAUUCUAUGGCCGCCUGGCCGGAGAUCCCUUUCCUCCGCCACUCCAAAUGCUAUGCGCCUUCCCGCCUUCCUCGCCGACCAGCGCCGCCUCCGCUGCGUCCUCUCCUCCUCCAGCGCCACGCUCGCGACGCUCACCCGCCUCCACGCCCUCCUCAUCGUCUCCUCCUCCCACCAUCUCCUCGCAUCCCUCGCGGCCUCCUACGCCCGCGCCGGCGCGCUCGACGCCGCGGAGUCCACCCUCGUGAACUCCCCCGCCUCCCCUUCCUCAAUAGCCGCCUGGAACGCGCUCCUCGCCGCGCACUCCCGGGGCGGCUCCCCUGGCACCGCGCUCCGCGUCUUCCGCGCCCUCCCGCCCGCCGCGCGCCCCGACAGCACCACCUUCACGCUCGCGCUCUCCGCGUGCGCGCGCCUCGGGGACCUCGCCGCCGCGGAAAACAUCAAGGACCGCGCGUUCGAGGCCGGUUACAGAAAGGACGUAUUUGUUUGCUCGGCGCUGCUCCAUCUCUAUUCAAGAUGCGGCUCCAUGGGGGGCGCCGUCAAGGUUUUCGAUAGAAUGCCGAGGAGGGACCGUGUAGCGUGGAGCACGAUGGUUGCUGGGUUCUUGAGCGCUGGGAGGCCUCUGGAGGCGCUUGAUAUGUACAUGAGGAUGAGGGAGGAUGGCGUGGAGGGGGACGAGGUGGUCAUGGUUGGGGUUAUACAAGCCUGCGCGGCAGUGGGGAAUGCCCAAAUGGGGGCCUCAGUUCAUGGGUAUCUACUGCGGCAUGGUAUGAGGAUGGAUGUUUUUACAUCAACUAGCCUUGUGGACAUGUACGCCAAGAACAGGCAGUUUGAUGUGGCACGCCGAGUGUUUAGAAUGAUGCCUUACAGGAAUGCUGUCUCAUGGAGCGCGCUGAUUUCUGGGCUUGCACAGAACGGGCAUGCAGAUGAGGCACUUGACUUGUUCAGAGAGAUGCAGGUUUCUGGGCUUCAGCCUGAUUCAGGAGCACUUGUUAGUGCGCUGCUAGCUUGUGCUGAUAUGGGACUCCUGAAGCUAGGGAAGUUGAUACAUGCUUUCAUCCUAAGGAGGCUUGAGUUUGACUGUAUUUUGGGCACAGCAGUCAUUAACAUGUACUCAAAAUGUGGCUCCCUAGCAAGUGCUCAAAUGCUUUUCAGUGGGGUUGGCUCGGGAGACUUGGUUUUCUGGAAUGCAAUGAUUGCGUGUUAUGGUGCUCAUGGACGAGGUCGUGAUGCUCUGGCUCUGUUCCAAGAAUUGAAUGAUACAGGAAUAAGGCCUGACCAUGCCACAUUUGCUUCUCUUCUGUCUGCUCUAAGCCACUCUGGUCUUGUGGAGGAAGGCAAAUUCUGGUUUGAUCGCAUGAUUAAGGAGUUUGGCAUUGAACCUGCAGAGAAGCACUAUGUAUGUAUAGUUGAUCUUUUAGCACGUUCCGGUCUUGUGGAAGAAGCCAACGACAUUCUAGCAUCAAUGCAAACUGAACCGACCAUUGCAAUUUGGGUCGCUCUGCUUUCAGGUUGCUUGAAUAACAAGAAGGUAGAGAUUGGAGAAACUAUAGCAGAAAAGAUCCUUGAGUUGCAACCUGAAGACAUAGGUGUCCUUGCGCUGGUCUCAAAUCUCUAUGCUGCUGCAAAGAAGUGGGACAAGGUCAGGGAGGUUAGGAAGCUAAUGAAGAAUAGCGGCAGCAGGAAAAUACCUGGCUAUAGCUUGGUCGAGGUGCGUGGAACACGUCACUCGUUUGUGAUGGAAGACCAGAGCCACCCUCAGCACCAGGAGAUCCUGAAAAUGGUCGCGAAGCUUGAUUCCGAGAUGAAGAAGAUGGGCUAUGUUCCAAGAACAGAGUUCGUGUACCAUGACCUGGAUGAAGAUGUGAAGGAGCAGCUUCUCAGCUACCACAGCGAGAGGCUGGCCAUCGCCUUCGGUCUGCUGAACACCAGUCCAGGAACGAGGCUUGUGAUCAUCAAGAACCUCAGGGUCUGCGGCAAUUGCCAUGAUGCCAUUAAGUAUAUCUCAAGGAUCACAGACCGGGAGAUCGUUGUUCGAGAUGCAAAGCGGUUCCACCAUUUCAAAGAUGGAUCCUGUUCUUGUGGAGAUUACUGGUGAUUGUGUCUUACUGACAGGGCCACCUGUCUGCUUUGUAGCAGAGAAAGUUCACUGCACCUAGUCCUGAUUUUGGUUUACUUGACUGCUGGGAACCAGCAUAGCUAAUAUUCCCAGUUAUGUACAAGUAAAUCUGACCUCAGGCAAUCUUUUGAUUCACUAAGACAAAUUGGAUAAACAGGCAAAUUGAGGAAACCUUGGAAGAAGAUUCUCCUCAGUAAUGCCAGUGCGUACUUGGUCGUGUCUGCCUCACUCUCUUUUUCAGAUUUCGCUUUCCUAACCCAUGGAAUAGGGUGAGUUGCUACGUGUGAUUGUGGCAGCGGGAAUCACCACAAGCAUGAACUUCUUCUGGAGUGUGAAUGGAAGAUCCACAUUUGAACAGGCGACAGCUGACUGUUGAGAUGCACAUAGUUCUACUUCUCAUCCAUUCAGCUUCUGUCCAAAACUGAAAGCGUGCAGGAACCUGCAAGACAUAACACAACACUUCGCCCUUCUCCGUAGUUUUACUAUCCACUCUGCAGCAGCGUGUUAUCUGAAGUUUCUUGGAACAUUCAGCAAAACAUUCUGAUUUGUGAAAGGAAAAGAAGUCUGUCAAGUCUCAAAGUUUGUGAGUCAAAGGAAGAUUUCAUGAGUAUUCUUGUCCUAGCUCCAUCUUAUAGGCUAUCAUCUCCACAAGGAGAAAACACAGCUCCGUCAUUCCGUAAUCCAUCACUAUCCUCUCAUCACAGCGUCUGCUGUUCUGUCCUGGCAAUGUCCCUGCCGUGGCCACAGGAUGGGGGGAGAACGACCAUGUUGGUGAAGGAUUGUGCCGGUCCCUACAGGCGAAGCUGACUCCGGUGCUCCUGCAGCUUCGAUGCCAGGCACAUGGAGCUGCUCGAGGAGAUGCGAAGAAUGCCUGGGACAAAACGGGAAGAUUGAAUCCAUGUAUAGGGAGAAUCAAGAUCUCCACGAAAAAGCCUCCUAAAUGCUUAUGUAUGCCUAGGAUGUCAUGGUUGGGACAUAUUUCAAUCAGUCAUCUAUACAUGUUUGAAGGGUUUGAUUUCAAAUGUUUGACGUUCGUCGGGAAUACCUGACAAUAACUAAUACUAUAGUAUCACGUGAAUGUUCAGUGCUUAAGUAGCAUAAUGCACACACGUGUAACUGUGCAAGUUAAUCA